ACCAACACCAGCUCAGCAUCAUCUGAUUUUUUUGCCUCCUCAAGAAUCAGCUCAGAAGCAGAAGCUGGAGGAACAGUCGGUGCUGAAAUGUCUCACCUGUACUUCCUGCUGCCUCUUACAGGCCUUUUGUUUUUUAUCCCAUCAUACAGUUCAAGAUCUAAUGGUUUGUACCCAGUGAGCUGUGAGACGCGCGGGUCAGACCUGAAGCAGGAUGAAGUCCUGGUUUUGUGUCCUCCAGACUGCCUGCAGGUCAGGCCAUCUGUGUUUGGGAGUGACGUUUACGCUGCCAUCUCCUCCAUCUGUGGAGCUGCUGUACACAGAGGCAUCUUGGGUCCAUCUGGUGGUCCAGUAAGACUCCAGAAGCAGCAAGGUCGACGCAGCUACGUCAGCUCGUAUGCUAACGGAAUCCAUUCUCAGGCCCUCCAUCAGUGGACCGCUUCCUUCCAUCUCUCCAAAACUGUUGAUGCUCCUCUGGAGCUGACCAAUUCAGCCAGAGCAACAGCUCAACCUGCAGCCACACGACCUGAAAAGAAAGCAAUGAAGUCAUCUGUGAAGCAAGGUGAAAAUAAAGACUGCCAGAUGGACAUCGCCAUCAUUAUGGACAGCAGUAGCAACAUCGGCCAGCGGAGAUUCAACUUGCAGAAGAACUUUGUUACCAAACUCGCUGCCAUGCUGAGAGUUGGACCUACAGGACCUCAUUUGGGUUUGAUACAGACCAGUGACUCCCCCAGAACCGAGUUUCUACUGACCAACUUCACUAAACCCAAAGAGCUGCUGUUCGCCAUCAAGGAGCUGAAAUAUCUUGGAGGAGAUACCAACACAGGUAAAGCCAUCAUGCAUGCAGCAGAGGUGUUCUUCACCCCAGGCAACGGGGUGAGGCGGGGUCACCCACGAGUCAUGAUGGUAUUGAUUGAUGGUUGGCCAUCUGAUGAUGUCGAACGGGCAGCCAUGUUGGCCAGAGAGUCUGGCAUCAAUGUGUUUAUGGUGUCUGUCUCCAAACCGGCAGCUGAGGAGCUCAGCAUGGUCCAGGACAAAGACUUCCUGAAGAAGGCGGUGUGUAAAGAUAACGGUUUCUUCAGUUACUCGAUCCCCAGCUGGUUCAGCAACAACAAACAUGUCAGACCUCUGGCUCAGAGACUCUGCUCGCUGGAUGAUCUGCUCUGCAGUAAAACCUGCUAUAACUCUGUGAACAUCGGCUUCCUCAUUGACGGAUCGUCCAGCGUUGGCUGGCAAAACUUCCAGCUUGUCUUGGACUUCCUGGCAGGAAUUGCUCAGAGCUUUGACAUCUCUGAUGUGGGCGCUCACAUUGGUGCAGUGCAGUUCACCUACGAACAGAGAGUGGAGUUCGGCCUGCUGGACCACUCCAACAAAGAGGACGCCGUCAGAGCUCUGAGGAGGAUCUCCUACAUGAACGGAGGAACGGCCACUGGAUCAGCCAUCAGCUACGCCACCCAAAACCUGUUCAGACAAGCAGCACGAGGACGCAACUAUCUGAUUGUGAUAACAGACGGCCAGUCGUACGAUGAUGUUCAGGGUCCAGCGAUGGCCGCUCAGAGACAAGGCAUCACCAUCUUCUCAGUGGGUGUAGCCUGGGCUCCCAUGAAGGAACUCUUGGACAUGGCCUCUGAGCCAAAGGACAAGCACACCUUCUUUACAAGAGAGUUCGUCAACCUGUCAGAAUUCAUCCAGCCGCUGGUUCGAGGCAUCUGCCAGGCUUUCACUGAGAACAACUGACACGACUGCAGAAGAUGGACACGUCUAAACCUGUUCGACAGGAGUGACCUUUAACCUCUGUUGGGAUUCUGAUUUCCGUCUCAUACAUCUGCUCUUAGCUGUUCUUGGAAAGAAUAAUUUAAGAAACCCUUCUGUCUGUUGGUAUUUUACAUGUUUCAUAAGAAAAAUUCCUGAGUUCUGCUAAAUGUUUUUUCUCCAUUUCUAAAAAAAUGCAUUCAUGACAAAAAGUAUCUUUUUUUUUAUUAUUAUUUGUUUUUACGUCACUCUGCCAUAAAACAUUCCCCUUUAACAACACUUUUUUUAUCACUGAUCCGUUCAGAAUCAGAUGAAACCUGAAAUUUCUGCAGCUUUUACGUAGAGGAAAAUAAAGUUUUAUUUUUGUCAAGGCUGAAUGUAUUUCAUGUAAUUUUAAUUGAAAAUAAAUUUUUUAAAAUCCA